AAUGUUGGAUAAUAAGGAGGGAUUGAGGAAAAGCCUAUUAGACGUCAGAUUACGUUAUGACUUUACAAAUUAAGCACCAAAACAUCAUGUUAUACAACAGAAAAGCAGUUCAAUACACGGUAAUGUUAUGUAGCAAUUACUGUAUUUACAAAUUUAGCACCAAAACAUUGCAGUUUAUUGAAAACAUUGAUUACUAAAAGGCAGACUGCGUUGGAUAAUACAGAACGUUGAAUGAGCGAAGGUUGGAUAAGUGAGACUCUAUUGUAUCUGGAUUUUAUAUGUCAAUGUAGAUGGGGCCUCAGUUUGGUCCUAAAUGAAUGACGCCAAACCACAGUAUACAUUAUUGUUCAGCAAUUUCACCUUGGAAUCUCUUUCAGCAUUCUUCCUGGAAUAAUGGCAACUUUCACCUCCGUAAGAGAAUGUCCUUGGAGACUGAAACGUUUCUGAAUGUUGCCAUUUGUGCUCAUUUGCACGGUUUUGCUGAGAGACUGGCCUGGUCGUUCUGCAAAGAGCGGUAGCAAUUGUGUUUUAUGAAGGCUCAAGGAUUUUGGGUGCCUUUCCACGCAGGUUCGAGCGUUUUCAGCCAUCCCUGACUUUCAACUGGUCUGUAUUUUUAUGAAGAGGUUUGAGCCAAGAUACUUUGGGAAAAUGGUGAUAAAAGGCUGUGCGCAUUAUGGUCUGAACUAAAGCCGGUGUGUCGCCUGACGUGGGAAGUGGCGUUCUGAUCUCUGUCCCAAGAUGCUAAGAUGCCCAACCCUGCAUCCGCCUUGUAGUGCAACACCCUCUCGGGUGAGUCAUCCGACUGCAUCACUUUAGGGGAAAAUCCUUGGACUGUGAUAACUCUAGAGAUCAGCUGGAGGAACAGUUGUGAGAAAUCCAGAGGAUCCGUUCGCAUUUCCCCAACACAGAAGGCAUUUAUUUGGGUCCAACUUUUCAACCGUCAGUUAAUGCCCUUCCCAUUACCUGCUGGUUUCCAGGAUGUUCAAGGAAUAUUUCCAAUAUAAGGGCAUCAGCUUCCCUCAAAUAAUCUACUCUGAACAGGUGCUGCAGAUGGUGGAAAACAAUUUUCAAGUCCGAGAUGAUGAUAUUUUCAAUGUUACCUACCAGAAAUCAGGUACUGUGUGGAUGCUGGAGAUUUUAAGUCUGAUCCGAAACAACGGUGACCCCAACUGGUGCCGAACAGUCCCCAACUGGGACCGGGGGCCCUGGUUUGAGACGGUGCUGGGAUACCGGAUAGCUCAGACCAACAAGUCACCACGUAUUAUUAGCUCUCACCUUCCAGUGCAGCUCUUUGCAAAGUCCUUUUCCAAAUCAAAAGCCAAGAUCAUCUACACAGUGAGGAACCCCAAAGAUGUCCUGGUAUCCCUCUAUCAUUUUGCCUCCAUGUUUCGCCCCUAUAAAGACCCUGGCACCUUGGACCAGUUUCUCGAUGUCUUUCUAAAGGGAGAUGUGCCUUUUGGAUCCUGGUUUGACCACGUUAAAGGCUGGAUGAACCUGAAGGACAAGGAAAAUAUCUUCUUCAUCACAUACGAGGAGCUGCAAGAGGACCUGCGGGGGAGCGUCGCCCGCAUUUGCCAGUUCCUUGGCAAGGACUUAGACGAUGCUGCCAUUGACUCCGUAGUGGCAAAUGCCUCCUUCGAGGCCAUGAAAAGCAAUAAGAUGUCAAACUUCUCACUCUCGCCCCGCUUCCUCAUGAACCAGAAGAAAAGUGCUUUCCUCCGCAAAGGGAUCUCUGGGGACUGGAAGAACCAUCUCACCCCUGUUCAGAGUGAAUGUUUUGACCGGAUCUAUCAGGAGCGUUUGCAAGACUUAAGCGUUACAUUUCCAUGGGACAAAGAAUGAAGCUGUCUUUCUCUGUACUGAUUCCUUUCCUUUGUGAUUAAUGAUUCAUCGUGAUACUAAUUGUCUAGUAAAACACCUUGUAGAUUAGAGGGAACAUCUGGGCUGAGUGAGGAAGGAGCCAGCCUUGGGAGAAGCAUGGGUAGAAGAACAGGAGACCAGGGGUCCUGGCUUGGAAUGGUGUGUUGAAUUCCAAAGGUGUCGGAACUAUAGCUCUGAAGCCGUAAAGGUCUCAGACAUUGUUUCAGCAGCCUAUAUGUGGCCAGUAUCUGGACAGAAGACUGCAGUCUUCUGCUGUCAUCUGCAGUUCUAUGACAAGAAGAGAGAUGGGGUGUAAAUGUAAUAAACAUUAAUACUAACAAAUUAUUCAGUGCUUUACAAAUAUAUAAAUUGAUAUUGGAGUAACUCUCGUUAUUCCAUUAAUGUUUGAAGCUAGCUCUUUUAGUGAACCUAGUUCCUGUUCCCCCUGAAUUCAGUGAAAAUCAUUUCUUUUUUCUCAUUGCCAUGAUGCCAAUACUGAACAACACUGAAGUAAAUGGGCAUGUCUAUUGGUUCUGCCCGACAGGAAACCAUUCCUAUGGCACAGGAGGUGGGAGGACAUGGGGCUUGUGAACCAAGGCUGAUUUGGACUUCAAUCCCAAAAACCCCAGGUAGAAUUGCUUCUGGCAUAGCCUCCAACUGUUUCAAUUUGGCAGCGACACUUCUGGUCAAUCCACUGUUAUCCCACUUUUUCAGCUGCUAUUAAAUUGUCCUGGUUUUUCUUUC